AUGAGCCUUUCCUCCUUUCUUCUUGGCUCCAAGCCUCCAGUCGACGCAGAGCUCGAUGGUUUAUUCAAGGCAGCACUACCAACAGCGCCUGAUGCCCCACCUAUCCCAGGCCCCUCUAAGGGUAUCUCGAAACAAAAGCGCAAACCAGAAGCUGAGAAAAUCGCUCCUGAGAAACCACAUAAACGAGCCAAAGGCAGCUCAGAACCUACAAUACCUGCAUCCAAGUCCAAGAAGGACAUACCGAGCCCCGACAAGUCCAAGAAGCAGUCUGUUGUCGAGGAAAGUGCGCAGAAGAAAUCCAGGAAGAAGGAAAAAGAAAAAGAGAUCAAGCUACCAUCCGACGAGGAGGGCAGCGACGACAACUCUGAUCUUGAAAUUGCAUACUUGAACAAGGAGAAAAGGACUAAACCUACCAAAGAGUCGGAACAGGAUGUCUCUGACUCGAGCUCUGAUGAGAGCGAAGUGGAUUCAAAUGUUCCUGUUCAUGAAUCUCAGGCGAAGGGGGCCAGGAGACGCGUCAAGCAGCCCAAGAAGAAAACCGUCCUAGAAGACGAGACUCCAGAACGAAGGGACCAGAGAACUAUUUUUGUCGGGAAUUUGCCUAUCGAUGUUGCUUCGAAAAAGCCCUUGAAAAAGCAACUCCAGAACCACAUCCUAUCCUUCGUACCCACCGCCAAAAUCGAGUCUGUGCGCUUCCGUUCGAUACCCUUCCAAGCACCCACCACAACACUCCCCACAUCUGCCGACGAGGGCAACGGCACUAAAUCAAAACCAAACACUCAAGCGCCAAAGAAAGAACCGCGAGCUCACGACAAAGAACGCGCAACAAGCUGGCGCAACAAACGCGACGAAAAGGACGAAGAGAACGUCAAAGCAGACGAGAAAAAGUUUCUCAACCCCGCUCAAAAGAAGAAAAUCGCUUUUAUCAACCAAGAGUUCCAUGCGUCCGCCGACAGCGUCAACGCCUAUGUUGUCUUUGCACACCCUCGAAGCUCGGAGGGUCGGCCGGCAAACCUGCCCCCGCUCUCACCGGCUAUGGAUCCGUAUGAAGCCGCCUUCCAGGCAGCGAGCAAGUGCGACGGGUCGCUGUUUAUGGAACGGAUGCUUCGUGCAGAUCUGGUUGGGAAGAACAGGGGAAAAGCGGCUCCGAGGAAGGAUGACGAUGGUGUUGAGGUCCCUGCAGGAAUCUUGGAAGCGGACCCACGGUUGUCUGUGUUCGUUGGCAACCUGGACUUUGCUAGCAAGGAAGAGGACUUGAGGGCAUUCUUUGAGAGCGUGGUCACUGCUGAACGGGGUGCACCGCCAGAGAAGGACGAUGGUACAAUGUCAGAGACGAAGAAGUCGUCGUGGGUCACUCGCGUGCGUAUCGUUCGCGACAAAGACACACUUCUCGGAAAAGGCUUUGCGUAUGUCCAACUUGCGGAUCGAGAAUGCGUGGACGAGCUGUUAGCACUAGAAGAAUCGAAACUCAAAUUCGCCAAACGAAAGCUACGCGUGCAGCGCUGUAAAACACUUCCGGGAUCCAAAACGCUUGUCGCCGGCGGGUCCACGACUACAGGAAAAAGCGGCAAAUGGGCUGGAACACCCACACCUAUCGUCGUCCCACAGGGUAAUCCUGCUCUCGGAGAGAAGCUCGUGGGCCUGCCGAAGGAGGAGCGCAAGAAGCUCAAAUCGACAGACGCAGAUCGCGUCGCGAGGAGGCUGGCGAAGAAGAAGGCGAGAAUGGCUAUGGAGAAGUCGAUGAAGGGCAAAGAGCCUGGAGGCAAAACGAGGAAACGGGUGCGGUCGUAA